GUUGGGGGUUCGUGGGGUUUCCGCUGGUUUUCCGUGAGGUUUCCUUGGGUUUCCCCGAGUUGGCCCCGAGUUUUCUCAAAGUUGGCAAAGCGGUCGAAGCAACUUAUAUGGCCUUGCUUAUAUGGCCUUGGUCGAAGCCUUGUUGCACUUUCCUAUCAUUCGUUCCCGCUUUCGCAUCAUGGUCCUGGUCCUGGGAGGUUGAGGUCGUAAAUCUUAUUGAAGAUCUGAAUGCUACUUGCCAGAGACUGAAGUCGCUGAAGUCCCAGUAGGAAGCAUGAGCCACACCGAGGAUCUUGACUUUGCCCUGGCCCUACGACUCCAAGAAGAAGAGAAUCUGCUGGCCAACAUCCCAUGUGAUGCAGCUGAUCGGCCAGGCGUUGAAUUAACUGCGACUGGUGGAGCAGUCGGCGGAGCUGUAGGAGGCUCAAAUAGCCAGGAGUCUCAGCGACACUGUAAAAGUGCCUCUUCACCCCAGUCUGUGCCUCCACCUGGGACAUCCCUGGUAGACGAGGCCUAUGAGCUGAUCGACCCGACUCCAGACAUCUACCAGCUGUUCCGCGACUUUGACAAGCACUUCUUCUGGGGAAAACUCGGUGGCGUCGAGCUCAAAUGGAGUCCCCGGAUGACACGGUGCGCCGGCGUGUGCUCCUACCAGCCGGCCUCAGGCCUAUGCUCGGUGCGCCUCAGCCGGCCGCUGCUGAUGCUGCGGCCGCGCAGUGACCUGGUCGAGACCCUCCUGCACGAGAUGAUUCACGCGCUGCUGUUUGUCACCCACCACAACGACAACCGGGAGGAGCACGGUCCAGAAUUCCACCGGCACAUGCACCGUAUCAACAAGAUCGCCGGCACCAACAUCACGGUGUACCACACGUUCCACGCCGAGGUGAAGCACAUGCUGACGCACUGGUGGCGCUGCACGGGGCCGUGCCGCUCCCGACCGCCCCAUUUUGGCUACGUCAAACGCUCCAUGAACCGUGCGCCGAGCAAGAACGACUUCUGGUGGCGCGACCACCAGGCCUCCUGCGGUGGCCUUUUCGAGAAAAUCAAGGAACCGGAGGGGUAUGGCAAGAAGAAGACCAAGAAGGACACAGCAUCUGGAACAAAGCUGCAAGACAUCCGCAACUUCGGCGUCACUGGUAAGGCCGUGCCCGUCUCCCAGAAGCCGCCCUGGAGACCGGCGGGGCGGGCCACUGCUGUGGGCGGAGUGGCGGCCCCGGUCGGCCGCGGCCGUCCCGGACGGGGCCGGGGUCGGGGCGGGCGGGGCGCCGCCGCCGGAGCGCCCUCAGAGAGGCCCGGCAAGCGGCCGCCGCCCGAGGGCGCCGGUCCGCCGCCUCAGAGACGACCCGGCAACCCGACCGGCGUGCGAGCCGACAUCGGCACAGUGAACAACGACGGCAACCAGAGGGUCAACGCCAUCGCCGGCAACGUGCACGGCUUCCAGAAGAGGGGCGGCGCGGUGGCGACGGCCGGAGGAAGCCGUACGGUGACGGUGCCGGUCCGGCGCGGCGGAGCGGCCGGCGAGGACGACCGAACGGACGGCCGGCCCGGUGACACGACGUUCGAUGGUCGAGGGAAUAGGCUGGGCGGUACGCCAGGUGUUCCCUGGUACAAACGCGACCCGCCUCGGGGUGCGUCCGGUGCUGGUUCCGCGGUCGGUCCGACCCCUCCGUCAGUGCCAUCAGCUUCGAGAACCUCGUCAGCGACGUCUACGACUCGAACCCCGACCGGCAUCUUCUCAAGUCCAGAGAGGAAGAAACCCACCCCAACCACAUCCCCCACAACGGAUAACUGUAGCGGGCUCAGUGCCGGCUCGAGUCUGGUUACUUGUCCUGUGUGCAACGAGCAGGUGCCCCAGCAGGGUAUCAACGACCACGUAGACCAGUGUCUGGCGGAUCCGAACGAACAGCUGUUGGGGGCUGUUGGCGGUGAAACCCGGCCGGAGAACUCGGGAGAGACAGUGUGGUACGACGACGAUGACGACGAUGAACAGAUGCUGUCGCUCGCUGCCGACGAGCUGGAGCGAUCGCUCGAAGUCUCCGUCUGGUCGGAGGACAGGGACGACGAUCGCCUGCUCGCCGACGCUGCAGAUGAGCUGGAAACUUCCCUGGUGGAGCAGGAGACGGGUGGUGACGAUCUGGAAGAGAUCACGGCAUCGUCACCCCAGCGGGGCGGAUCGACAAGCAGCGCGCCGGCCGGGGGUCGCUCCGGCGCCGCCAGGACCUUCAGUGAGGCCAGCACGCCGAAUGUGCCUGUGGACGGAGCGCGAGGGCCGGCGGCCCGUACCCUGAGUGAGGCGAGCACCGUCUACGAUCGAAUCCUGGACGAGCCGAUUGUGAUCGACAGUAGCGAUGAUGAGGAUUAUGCCAGCCAGAGGGCCAACCUGUCCAAUGUCAUCAUGGAUUUUAUCAAGGUGGAAGAGAGUGACGAUGAACUGUUUGAAGAGUUAUGAACACGCGUCGAGCUGUGAUGCAAGUGAUAUUUAUGCUCAGGCUGUUAAUACCGUUUUAGCAUAGCCCAGUAUUUGUUUACAGAUUUUAAAAGCGUUUAUCGUAUCCAAUAAACGAUCGUUUUAAGUA